AUGGUGAAGGCAAACUACAUUCGCGCCGGUCGCUUGGUGCGCAUCAUUCGCGGCCCUCGUCAGGACCGCGUCGGGGUUGUUGUUGACAUCAUCGACGGCAACCGCGUGCUCGUGGAGAACCCCGCAGACGAAAAGAUGUGGCGUCACGUGCAGAACCUGAAGAACAUUGAGCCGCUGAAGUUCAGGGUGCCCAUCAACCGCAACUGCAGCACAAAGGCACUGAAGGAGGCCCUUGCGGAGAAGAAGACACUCGAGAAGUACACCGCCACGAAAGCUGCCGUGCGCAUUGCGGCGAAGAAGGCGUUCGCGACGUCGACCGACUUUGAGCGCUACCAGCUGCGUGUCGCCAAGCGCUCUCGUGCCUUCUGGACGCGCAAGAUCUUUGACGAGAAUGACAAGAAGAAACCCGUCUCGUGGCACAAGAUCGCACUCAAAAAGCUGCAGAAGAACGCCAAGAAGGUUGACAGCAAGCCGGCCGCCAAGAAGCGCAUUGAGAAGGCCCGCGCCGCUCGCAAGGCCAAGGCUGCCAAGGCAUAA